GAGGGGAGAGGCAGGGGAGGGGAGGGGAGGGGAUGCAUCUGAUCAAUGCGUUGAUGGUGACCCGGAUGGCGACCCGGGACGACCUCGGCGCCGCCCUGGGGGGCGACAUCGCGUUCGGGUCGGUCUGGUUCUUCGUCUACGCUGGGAUCUGCUGCUUCCUGGUCCUCUUCGCGGGCAUAAUGUCGGGCCUCACCCUCGGCCUCAUGUCGCUCGGCCUCGUCGAUCUCGAGAUCCUCCGGCGCAGCGGCACCAUCGCCGAGAAGAAGCAAGCUGCUGCUAUCUUGCCGGUGGUCCAGAAGCAACACCAGCUUCUUGUGACUUUACUUCUUUGCAAUGCUAUCUCAAUGGAGGCCCUUCCCAUAUACUUGGAUAAGCUUUUCAAUCAGUAUGUCGCAAUUGUACUUUCUGUCACGUUCGUGCUAGCCUUCGGAGAGGUCAUUCCACAAGCAAUAUGUACCCGAUAUGGACUUGCUGUUGGUGCCAAUUUUGUGUGGCUUGUUCGGAUUCUAAUGAUUAUUUGCUAUCCAAUUGCAUAUCCUGUUGGAAAAGUUCUAGACUGGGUGUUGGGUCAUAAUGAGGCCUUGUUUAGGCGUGCUCAAUUAAAAGCUCUCGUCUCCAUCCACGGUCAGGAGGCUGGGAAAGGAGGUGAACUCACACGUGAUGAGACCACGAUCAUUAGUGGAGCCCUAGAUUUGACUGAGAAGACUGCGGAGGAGGCGAUGACACCCAUUGAAUCUACCUUUUCUUUAGAUGUUAAUUCCAAACUGGACUGGGAAGCAAUGGGAAAGAUUCUUGCUCGUGGUCAUAGCCGAGUUCCUGUCUAUUCUGGGAAUCCCAAAAAUAUCAUCGGUCUUCUUCUGGUGAAAAGCCUUCUCACGGUUAGACCAGAAACAGAGACCCCUGUCAGUGCAGUUUCGAUCAGAAGAAUUCCGCGGGUUCCAGCAGAUAUGCCCUUGUAUGACAUACUGAAUGAGUUUCAAAAGGGUAGCAGUCAUAUGGCAGCUGUAGUGAAGGCCAAAGGGAAAUCUAAGAAUCUUCCAUCAAUGCCGGAUGCAGACAAACUGGAAGAAAACAAAGUCACUGUGGGAGAUUCCCAGUUGACUACUCCCUUGCUUGUUAAACAAGAUGAAAAAGCUGAUGUUGUUGUUGACAUUGAGAAGGCAAGACCAGUCAAUGUAAGUAAACAACCUAAUGAUGCCUCGACGAAUGGCUUGCCUCAUUCAUCGGAAGAUAUUGAGGAUGGAGAGGUUAUUGGCAUCAUCACUCUCGAAGAUGUAUUUGAAGAACUUCUUCAGGAAGAGAUUGUUGAUGAAACUGAUGAAUAUGUUGAUGUCCACAAAAGAAUCCGAGUGGCUGCAGCUGCAGCUGCAUCGUCAGUUGCACGGGCUCCAUCACUUCGGAGACUGACCACCCAUAAAGGAGCUGGAGGUCAAACCAAGCACGGGCAGGUCCCAAGAAAAACUGCUGAGGAUGAUCCCGGUUCUGCUAGGUCAACAGGUACUCCAGGUUUGCAAACCCCUGGGGCCUCGGCUUGAAGUUUUGGCGAGACAAACAUCUGGUAAAUGCUUCCAUGAGAUGUGGGAGUUAAAAUUGAAGGAUUAUGAAGAAUAUGCAAUUAUAUAGCGAACGGCUUUAACUCGAACUAUCUUCCUGCCAGAGUAAUUACUAUAUCCCGUGGAGCGGAGAGACGCAGUCAUGAAGUUGAUAAUGCCUAGCAUAUGUCCAGAUGUUGAGUUGUCUGAUGCAAUUUUGUUUGACUGGGGCUCAUGUUCAUCGUCGCCAUAUAAUUAUAUUAUUUUGUUUCCGAGAACAGAGGAAAACAAUAUGAGUUUCAUCAGUCAAGAAUAAAGAUAGUUUUGACCCUGAUUAAAUGCACAA